GAACUGCCGACACGGGAAGGAUUUUGGUAGGGUUCUACCCACAAACAUUGCUCCCCUCCUUUCUCGGCACGGUGGCGGCGUCGCUUGAUCGCCUCCGGCCUAUUCCCCCACUUCUGCUCGCGAGACGGAGAGAUUGGCCAUGAGGGACCUCCACCUCUCGCUGAACCAGACCCAGCGGGUCCGCCUCGAGGCGGCGCUCCACGAGCUCCAGUCCCUCACGCCUGCCGCAGCGUCUGCCGCCGCCGUCACCGUCGCGGACACCAUCCCCGUCAACCAGGAGGACAACAUCCUCAAGGGGCACGGGACGUCGGACCAGGACGGGGAGGUGGUGGCGACGCUCUGCGGGGUGGUGGAGCGGGUCAACAAGCUGGUCUACGUCCGUACUCUCCGGGCGAGAUAUAAGCCAGAGGUUGGUGAUAUCAUAGUUGGCCGUGUCAUUGAGAUUGCUCCUAAGCGCUGGAGGUUGGAGAUAAAUUUUAGCCAGGAUGCUGUGUUGAUGCUUUCUUCCAUGAAUUUGCCUGAUGGCAUUCAGAGAAGGAGAACUGCUGUUGAUGAACUUAAUAUGCGGAGUAUCUUUGAGGAAAAUGAUGUUAUCUGUGCUGAAGUUCGUGGUUUCCAACAUGAUGGAUCUCUGCACCUACAAGCAAGGAGUGAAAAGUAUGGAAAGCUCGAGAGGGGUCAAUUGCUAACAGUACCUCCGUACUUGGUUAAACGAAAGAAGCAGCAUUUCCAUCAUCUUGCGCAGUAUGAUGUCGAUUUGAUUCUUGGUUGCAAUGGAUUCAUCUGGGUAGGUGAGCAUGUUGUGGUGGAUGAAAAAGUUAAAGCGACAGAAGAUCAGCAGAAGUCCAGCGAUGAAGCAGAGAAUUUCACCCCACUAGAAACAAGGAAGCAUAUUUGCCGACUUGCCAAUGCUGUGCGUGUACUUUCAGCCCUAGGAUUCACUUUGACUGUUGAGCUGAUAAUUGAGACAGCAGAAGCAAGUGCAUCAUCAAAUGUUGAGGUAAACGACAUGCUUGGGGCUGAAUUUUACGUCCAGACUGCUGAGAGGGAGGCUAAGCGUCGAGCUGAUCUGCUGAGAAAGAAGAAUGGGGCAAGGUAAGUGGGUAAUGCCUUGCAGAUUCUGGCUGCCUGAUUUGCAGAGAACAGUGCUUGACACGCAGCAGUGUCCGAUCCGUAAGUGUAGCAGUGCUUAUCGUGUGAUAUUUUCAAGGGAAAAUACAUAAUCAAGUUCUAUGUACACCAAACAGAGCAGCAAAGAUUUACGGAGUGCUGCCCCACUCCGGUGUGCAUUCGAUGAGGUGCCAGCAAUGUAGUCUAGCAGAUCUUUAAUCCGUUUGUUGAUUUCAUUUGACGUGCUUCCUGGGCUACAGUAAGAUGAAUUGUGAGUAAACAUUUCCAUGUUUGUCUGGGAAGUAUGUAACAAGUUCGUUUCUCCUAUGUAUGCUAUAAAUUGAUAUGAAAAACUAUUCCUGGUCCUGCCUGGCAAUUGAAGGCGAUUGUAAAUUCAGAUAUCUUA